AUGGCGCGACUCGACCUCGACCCCCUUGUCCGUCUCGGGGACCUGGCCGCGCGAUGGAGGGACGCGCACCGCGAGGGCGGGCGACACCUGGAGACCGUGCCGGCGCUAUUCGCGGCGGCGACCGAGGACGUCGAUGCAGAGGAGGCGCGCGCGUGGCGUACGAAGGACGGCGUUGCGGCGCGGGUGAUGCGCGCCGCGCCGUCGCCGAGGCUGGAGGCGUUCCUCGACGGCGGCCGGCGACACCCUUCCUUGGCCGCGGCGGCGCCGCAGAAGCUGACCGACGCCAUAGACGCCGUGGUUGUCGCGGCGAGGACGUGCGAGGGCGCCGCGAAGGAGGCUGAGAGCGCGCUCGACGCGUUCAUAGCGACGUGUUCGCUCGAGGGCGGAACCCCGCCGCCGAGUCCACCCCAAAAGUCGGAGACUCGCGACGUCGGAGCCUCGAAUCCGUCCCCUCCGGCGGCGACCGGCGGGCACUGGAUGGACGCCGUGCCCACCGCGGUGCUGUUCACACGGGUGCCGUGGGGUGAUCCCCCGCACAGGACGAUAGAGGAGUGGCUGUGGCUUUGCACCGCGGUGGUGGAGUCGCUCGGCGAGGAGGCGGCGGUGAAGAGGGGCGCGGCGGACUACCUGUCGCAGCUGCCGGGCGUGGGGGAGGACGGGGAGGAGACGGAGGCGGAGCCGCUGACGAGGGAGAAGCUGCAGGGAUGCGCCGAGGUGUGGGGCAUGGAGCCGUUCAUCGACCGGGAUUUGUUCAACACGUUGGCAAACGCGGGGAAGUGA